GUGCGAUGAGAGAUAUGUCAUUUAUGACGUAGAUAAUAUUUAAAUCACUUUAAGAGAUAGGUGGUGUUAACCACAACCAGCAGACAUGCCGGAGUCGGCUGAGCAAGCUUCUGGUACAACAACGAAGGACACGAAAUAUUUCAAGUUGUCGUCGGGUUCACUUGGUGGUGGUGAUGGCGCGAGACCAAAGGUUGUCACAGUCAAACAUCCAGAAUCCAACAAACCGAAGCCAACUGUUAAAAAGAAUAAACCCAUACUUGCGGAUUUAGAUGUAUCGAAAGAUUUUUUAAGGUGUAAAGAGGAUGGUGAGACUAUAUUGGAUUUAAGCAAGUCCAGUAUAACUCAGCUGCCAUCGACUGUACGGGAAGUAACCCACCUUGUUGAAUUUUACCUUUAUGGCAACAAGUUAGUGACUCUUCCUCCAGAGAUAGGUUUCUUAGUCAAUCUUCAUACUUUGGCUCUAAGUGAAAACUCUCUUACAAGUUUGCCUGAUGCACUUGCAAAUCUGAAGUCUCUUAAAGUCCUUGAUCUCAGGCAUAAUAAACUGAAUGAGAUUCCUGAUGUAGUUUACAAGUUAACAUCACUAACAACAUUGUUUCUUAGGUUUAACAGAAUCAAGGUUGUAGGAGAGGAUAUCAGGAAUUUAACCAAUCUAACGAUGUUAAGUCUACGGGAGAACAAAAUAAAAGAACUGCCAGCAGGUAUAGGAAAGUUGGUAAAUCUCAUAACAUUUGAUGUGUCCCACAAUCACUUAGAGCAUUUGCCUAUGGAAAUAGGUUACUGUGUUCAGCUAUCAACUUUGGAUCUUCAGCACAAUGAGCUGUUGGAUAUCCCAGAAUCGAUUGGCAACCUGCAAGCAUUAACACGUUUGGGCCUGAGGUACAAUCGUCUGAGUGCAAUACCACAAUCACUUAGUAAUUGUGUGCAUAUGGAUGAAUUUAAUGUUGAAGGAAAUGCUAUUUCACAGCUUCCUGAUGGUCUUCUGUCAAGUUUAUGUGAUCUGACCAGUCUCACUUUAUCAAGAAAUGGAUUUACUUCCUACCCAUCUGGAGGCCCAGCUCAGUUCACAAGUGUGUAUUCUAUCAAUAUGGAGCACAACCAGAUUGACAAGAUUCCGUAUGGCAUAUUCUCACGUGCUAAGAACCUAACCAAACUCAACAUGAAGGAGAACUUGCUUACAUCCCUCCCAUUGGAUGUGGGAACAUGGGUUAACAUGGUGGAGUUGAACCUUGGUACAAAUCAGCUGAUGAAGAUUCCUGAUGACAUCCAGUUCCUGCAAUCCUUAGAAGUACUCAUACUGUCCAACAAUAUUUUGAAACGAAUCCCCACCAGUAUUGGAAACCUACGUAAGUUGCGGGUUCUGGAUCUAGAAGAAAAUAAGAUUGAGUCUCUGCCAAAUGAGAUUGGGUUCUUGCGUGAUUUGCAGAAACUCAUAGUCCAGUCCAAUCAGGUAACUACACUACCCAGAGCAAUUGGGCAUCUUACAAACCUUGUGUACCUCAGCAUUGGUGAAAAUAACUUGAGUUACCUACCAGAAGAAAUUGGAACACUGGAGAAUCUUGAGUCACUGUACAUCAACGACAACCCCAGUCUGCACAAUUUGCCAUUUGAACUUGCCCUCUGUACAAACUUGCAGAUCAUGAGUAUUGAAAACAGCCCACUGUCACAGAUACCACCUGAGAUUGUAGCAGGGGGCCCCUCUCUUGUUAUCCAUUUCUUGAAGAUGCAGGGGCCUUAUCGAGCAAUGUGAAUAUCCACAAUAUGUAGUGAAGCACAGAUUAUGAAAUAAGAAGACUUCAGAAUCUCUUGACUGAAUGUUGUGUAUUAUUUGUGAACAGGUUCUGCUGUCUGCAUGACCUUGAGUAUUAAUAAAUAGUUGUUCAUAAUAUAGAAGUGGUGAAAGAGAAAGCCAAACUGAGAGAAAAAGUUGCAGUUAUUUUGCAGGCAGUGAAUUGCCAUUUGUUUUUCCACUUCAAAGUAACAUUUACCAGUGGUGCAAACCCUUUAUAACUGCAGUUCUGAAUUUAGAAGCUAAACUAACCAUUGUAGGUUUAUGUUGUUGAAGUUGCAAAUCCUGAUUUAUGUCCGCAUUUCUGUAAAAAGGCUGUUCCCACUGCUUAUGGCUCAGGCGGGUGAGGUCUAAAACCCAUUUAGGUUUCCACAAAAAGUUUUUCAGAAUCCUGUUAGUGAGUUGCAUACAUCUGUUUAUAACUCAGCUAUAGAAAUCAAUAAUACAGAUACUAAUGGAGUUCUGUGAAACUUGGUAUGAACAUCAAGCCAUUAAAUACAUAAAUUUUAACUCCUUGUCACAUACAAUAUCGACAUGGCAACCAGCAAACUUGUAAGCUGAGAACAGCAUUAGUGCCAAGCAGAAAGGGUCUAAUUUUUGUAUGGUGACAGACUUUUAAAGUAUGUGACUUUAACAUAACAUUUUGGGGAUAAUGGAAAGUAACGUAAUCGCACAAAAUAUUUUAGUUUGAUGACUUGUAACUUGACAUACAAAAUUUUAAAGUGAGAUAAGUACAUCUGCUAGUAGGAUGUGUGGCAUUAAAACUUUCAAGGUCCAAGCCUUCAUAACCCUACAUGCACCAGGUGCUUUUAAUAUGUGUUUGUUAUUUGUUGUGAGUUUGAAGUGUCAGAUGUUUGGAUAACAUUUUCCAAUUCAUGUGGUUAAGAUGUGUCACUCAGUAAAUAUGCAGUGUUCAUUUCUGGAAGUAGGUUAUGUAGUGGAUUUAUGUUUGUUUCUCAGAAUGUUGUUGUCUGUGUUACUGUACUUAGAAAUUAAGAAUAACAUAUAUAAAUGGUCAUACCAUAUCUAACAUAAAUGGUUCUAUGUAAUUGGAGUUUUGUAUCAUUUUAAACAUAACUAUGAAAUUGAAACUGAAAGAAAAAUCAUUGUAGAACUGUUUUGCUGUUACAGUAUAAUAAAUUAACUUUCUUCUGUAAACUGUGGUAAGUAAUCCAGAAUUUGCUUCACUAAAUGUUAUAAAAUGUUCAUUUGUUGAUGUAACAUACGGAAUGAUUGUCAUUGGCCCAACAAAAUGUGCUGAUUAGCUGCCUGCAAGUGUAAAAUAAAAUUAUGCUUUUCAUGUAAACAAUUCUAAUAUGAAAUCUGGUUAGUAAGGUCCAGAACUUAUUGUCUUUAUUGUCUUAGUAUUGAACUAAAGGUCACAACAAUUAAUCAAAUGUAUCUAUCCACUUCAAAACAGUGUUCUUAGAAAUUAGGAAUAACAUAUAUAAAUGGUCAUACCAUAUCUAACAUAAAUGGUUCUAUGUAUAUGGAGUUUUGUAUAAUUUUAAACAUAGCUAUGAAAUUGAAACUGAAAGAAAAACCAUUGCAAAACUGUUUUGCUGUUACAGUAUAAUAAAUUAACUUUUUUCUGUAAACUGUGAUAAGUAAUCCAGAAUUUGCUUCACUAAAUGUUAUAAAAUGUUCAUUUGUUGAUGUAACAUACAGAAUGAUUGUCAUUGGCCGAACAAAAUGUGGUGAUUCUGCUGCCUGCAAGUGUAAAAUAAAAUCUAUGCUUUUCAUGUAAACAAUUCUAAUAUGAAAUCUGGUUAGUAAGGUCCAGAACUUAUUGUCUUUAUUGUCUUAGUAUUGAACUAAAGGUCACAACAAUUAAUCAAAUGUAUCUAUCCACUUCAAAACAGUGUUCUUAGAAAUUAGGAAUAACAUAUAUAAAUGGUCAUACCAUAUCUAACAUAAAUGGUUCUAUGUAUAUGGAGUUUUGUAUAAUUUUAAACAUAGCUAUGAAAUUGAAACUGAAAGAAAAACCAUUGCAAAACUGUUUUGCUGUUACAGUAUAAUAAAUUAACUUUCUUCUGUAAACUGUGGUAAGUAAUCCAGAAUUUGCUUCACUAAAUGUUAUAAAAUGUUCAUUUGUUGAUGUAACAUACGGAAUGAUUGUCAUUGGCCCAACAAAAUGUGCUGAUUAGCUGCCUGCAAGUGUAAAAUAAAAUUAUGCUUUUCAUGUAAACAAUUCUAAUAUGAAAUCUGGUUAGUAAGGUCCAGAACUUAUUGUCUUUAUUGUCUUAGUAUUGAACUAAAGGUCACAACAAUUAAUCAAAUGUAUCUAUCCACUUCAAAACAGUGUUCUUAGAAAUUAGGAAUAACAUAUAUAAAUGGUCAUACCAUAUCUAACAUAAAUGGUUCUAUGUAUAUGGAGUUUUGUAUAAUUUUAAACAUAGCUAUGAAAUUGAAACUGAAAGAAAAACCAUUGCAAAACUGUUUUGCUGUUACAGUAUAAUAAAUUAACUUUUUUCUGUAAACUGUGAUAAGUAAUCCAGAAUUUGCUUCACUAAAUGUUAUAAAAUGUUCAUUUGUUGAUGUAACAUACAGAAUGAUUGUCAUUGGCCGAACAAAAUGUGGUGAUUCUGCUGCCUGCAAGUGUAAAAUAAAAUCUAUGCUUUUCAUGUAAACAAUUCUAAUAUGAAUUCUGGUUAGUAAGGUCCAGAACUUAUUGUCUUAAUAUUGAACCAAAGGUCACAACAAUUAAUCAAAUGUAUCUAUCCACUUCAAAACAAUGUUCUUUUCGAUUGUGCACUGUGAUGCCAGCAGUCCUGCCAUUUGUUGGAUUAUAUCUGGUAUUCCUUUAGGAUGAUGUUUUGAUUCCCACAUCACUCUGUAUGAUCUAUGGUACCUACAGAAAUCCCUUUUAUUUUAAGGUACAUUUCAGAUUAGAGAAUAUAAAACAGUCAUGCAGUUGGAAAUUUAGUGAGUGGUGCAGCAGUGUGCUUGACCAAGAAUUGUUUUAUGCUGAAUGAGAUAACAUUAUUAUGGCAUGCAGGACAAAUUGUGUUGAGUGCUACAACUUCACAAAUAAUCAUUCUUCCAAGUACAGGAAAGUGAAAGUAACUAAUUCCUCAUGUUUCACUGCUGAUGGACAAUCAUAAAAAUCUCAGCUCAGUCGGUCAGUAGGCUACAGGCUGGACAACUAGGAUUCAUUUCCCAUCACUGCAGGAUUCUUUUCUUUGCCAUUAUAUCCUGACCUAGCCUCCUAUCCAGUAAUAUUCUCUGCCUGGGAGUAAAGUGCCCAGGGUAUGAAGCUGACAACUUCUACCUAGUGCUAAAGUUAUGAAUACAUGUACCUUUGAAACACUGGUAAACUUGUACAGACUACACAGUGAUACAACCCAGACAACUGUCAUCUUCAGGCUCACCACUGUCAAAACCUGAAACCAUACUUAAGAUAUACAAUGAUUUGACAGGUAUUUUAUAGCAGUUUUGUUUUCUGGGUUGCAAUGCUGUGGUCUUUUAGGUGGUUACCAACAUUUCAGGACGUGAAGAGUGUGAGGAAUGGUGUGAUUUAUAAUAUGGGGUUAAAGAAGAACAGGUAAUUGGAAUUGUCUGGUUAAAACACAAGGGAUAAAGAGGGGAAGUGUGGAUUGUCUUGGGUCAAUAUGAAAGAGCCCCCAUACAGGAAAGCAGAGAGGAAGAUUAUGUCAGAAAAGAACCCUUCUAUGGGCCAGGAGAGUAAACACUGGUGGUAGAUAUAGCAACCAAAAGGUAAAUAAAAAUAUUAUAGAAGUAAAGGGAAUUCAACAUAUUUGAAGGAGAUAUCCAAUUCCAGACUUAAAUCAAUGAGAUUACCGAUGUAGUGAUAUAAAUGAGAAAUAAUUUUGUGUGUACAAGUUUUUAUCAGAAAUAAAUGAACAUCAAGGGUCAGUGAGGCAUGUAAAAUUACAGAGAAUAUGUUAUUUUAUUUUCACACAGUUAUAAUAUAAGCCAGUAUGAGAUUAGAUGUCACUUGAAACCUUUUUCCAGUGUAUCACCAUGUCAAAAGCAGCAAAACUUUGAACACAUCCAAGUUUAUAUUGAAAUACCCUGCUAUAAUUUGGCACUUUGUGAACAAUUAAUGUUGAUGUGUGCUAGUUUAUUUGAUAGUGAUUUCUCACAUUCUUACUGUACUCUAUGUUGCAUAUAAACACAACUGAAAUGUCUAAGAGGGUGCAUUUAAAAUGCAUUUGAUCAUGGAAUAUGUGGUCAGUGACUACUGAAACAGAAAGCAGAUUUGCUUAGAUUCUUUUUGUUCCUCAUUACCAACUGCAUUUUCAGCCCAAAGUCCUGUAUGACCCUUCUGAAGUUCACAUGAGAGAACAAAACUGUUAGUACCAUUGUAAUGGUUGGUAAAUAAUCCUAAAUUAUGCAACAUAUUUCUCUGGUAAACCUAUGAUACCACAUAAAAACCAAAAAUCAGGCAAAUAUUUUGGUUUUUUUGUUUGUUUACAUUUUCCAGAUUCAAAGCCAGCUGUAAUUCAGGUCACAAACAGAAGCUGUCCAGCUUCAUAAAGUAUUAUAUUACACAAGAGAAUAACUAAGGUACUUACCUAUUACUUAUAAAAUGUGGUCACUGGCCAUUGCUAACAGACUUAGCCUCACUGGUGUAUUUAGUUCAUUGGAGUCAAUAAAGCAACAGAAUCUAUCAUUUAGAAUGUUACAGUAAUACAGACAUGAUGCGAGUCAUGUGGGAUGCAAAAUAAGUCACUGUGUUCAGUGAAUUUGGUUGUAUUUUGUCCCAAUGCCAGUUUGUUGCCACUGUUUGGAAAGCUGAAUAUUGUAUUACUUGAUUAACAUGUUUACAGGAACUGAAAUUUUAUUUCUGUCUUAGCAGGAAUAUUAACCCUGAAACCAUACUAUAAAUUAAUUACUUUGAAUACCAUGAAGAUCUGUAAGCAGAUUAUCAUUCCAAUUAUUUGCAGAUUCAUCCUAAGUUAGUAUCUUGUGUCAUUCCAGUUACUUAUAUAUUCUUCUUAGGUUAGUAUCCUGCAAUUUAAUUGAUGUUUCUGUACAGAUCUUCAGUAUUUUUUGAUUUUGUUCUUGGAUUCAUGCUCAUUGUCCCUUCUGGCUUAUUAUACUGGGUGUCCACUUCGCCAACACUUUACCUGCUGUGAAGUUUGAUGAAGUGUCAUUGAAAAUAAUAGCAGUUUAACAUGUAAGGAACGUAACCAAUAUGAAAUGAGGAGACAUAGAAAUUCCAAAUAGUGCUGGAAAUAUGAAGAUGAAUUAGCUGCAAGGGGCACAUAAACAAUUAAUGAUCAUUACUGACUAAAGUGAAUUAACAUUGUGCCAGAUGUAUAAAAAUAUCAUAGUAAUUUUCUAUUACUUGAUGUGGGUGUUAACACAAGACAUUGUUUUUGUUAUAUACUGCUGUAGAGAGAAUUUUCAGUGUAAUCUAAGCUGUUCUUGUUUGUGAGUUUCUGUUGUGUAUGAAAUAUGUAAACAUGUAUAUUUUUACUCCAGAAAGUCAUCGAAACAAAGACCUACAUAUAAAAAAAUUGUUACAUAUUGCUAUAUCCAUUACUUUGUAUUUUUCAGAUUGCAGUCAGUUAUCAUCAGGUAUUUCAGUUACUUAAGUGCUAAUAUCUUAAUUUAGAAGUUGUCCCGCUUUUCAGACAAUGUGAAAAAUUUACCCUUCAGAACCAUUUCAUUGUGACUGAGCUAGUUACAGAACAAAGCUGAAAAAUGUUAAUAAGGAAAGGUGAGAUCUGUUUGGCUAAAAUCAGAUGUAGAGUUUUCAGAACAUUUAAACAAGUGGCACUAAAGUUUAACAAUAAUUAAAAUAUAGCUGUCAAGCAUAGUAAUAAAAUUAAUCACUAAAAUCUGUUCUUGAAUACACAAAUCAUAUUAAAUGAAAGAACUCUGUUGUAAUUUGUAGCAUUACUUUAAUAACUAUGUCGUACAGACUAUGUUUAUGUAGUGCAUGUAGUUUAUGUAGUACCAAUGAAUAUUGUGUAACCGUAGAAACCAGCAGUGGAAUUGUGUGUGGAUAUAUAUGUAUAUAUGAACCAUAAUAACAUGACAGUCAGUUGAUAAAUAUUAAAGGAAUAAAUUACAUUAUAAAUAUUAUUGUAAUAUGAAAUAGAAGGGUUAGGAUAAUGACUGGAACUAUCGUUACUCAUGAAACACUGUUAACCUUUAUCAUAUGAGAACAGGAGCUUUAAAUCCCUGUACUAUGGAGCUGCCAGUGAAAUUUUAACUACAGGGUUAAUGAUUUAGCAGUAUGUUACUGUUAUGCACAACCAGUCAGUCUGACCAUGUGGAAGCCAUGUUACUCAGUUGAUAGAAGUUAAGGGGGAAUAAUAAUUAAUAUAGAAGAAUAUGUGGAAGUCAUAAAACCUAAAUGGCUGAGUCUGUGGAAACUGAAAUACAAUUUAAUACUUAUUGUUCUUAAUAAUUGCAUUAAUUAUUUUUGUUUUAUAAUUACACGGAAUGAAAGAAAUUAUAUAAAGAGGUGUAAUAAAAUAUGUGAUAAGGAGGGCUGUGUUUGUUGUCCUGGAGUUGUUGACUCUUAUAAAUGUUAAAAAGCAAGGUGGAACACAUUUGUAAAAAAAAGACUUGCUAAACUCUAAAAAGAAAAGAAAUUUCAAUGUAUAGUACCAUUUUUAAGACAUACCAAUAGUGGUUAAAUUUCAUGUUCUCAAAAACAGUUGAAGCUAAAAUAUAUAAAAACAGGAUCAGAAGAGCAAUUCUGUCUCAAGCAGAAUAUAUCUCCAUAAAUAAUUAGCUGUACUCUUUGUAAUUCCAUUUAUUGAUUGGUUCUUGCAAUGCAUUAACUUUCUUGAUUCUAUCUUCAUCAUUAAACAUCUUUAUUAUUAAAUUUGAA